GCGGACCAGUCAGGCAGUGACAAUACUUCCGACAGCUGAGCGACUUCACCGGCUGGUUAUUCGUUGUGCGUGUCUACGGCGUGGCUGCACAUGCACGGCGAUAUGGCCGCGUCCUCCAGCCGGAUUAGAAUGGGCUCGCUAGUGGCAGCGAUCGACCAGGGGACCAGCUCAACAAGGUUUCUGGUGUUUAACUCUAAGACAGCAGAGCUGCUCAGUCACCAUCAAGUGGAAAUAAAGCAGAGUUUCCCUAAAGAGGGAUGGGUAGAAGAGGACCCCAAGGAAAUAUUGCAAUCAGUGUACGAGUGUAUGGAGAGGACAUGUGAGAAACUCACCCAGCUCAAUAUCGACAUCUCCAACAUUAAAGCUAUUGGCGUGACCAACCAAAGAGAGACAACAUUGGUGUGGGACAAAGAGACUGGGGAGCCCCUCUACAAUGCCAUAGUCUGGCUGGAUCUGCGGACACAAUCUACUGUGGAAAGUCUCAUCAAUAAAACUCCAGGGAGGAACAAGAACCACCUCAAACAUAAAACAGGUCUCCCGAUCAGCACCUACUUCAGUGCUGUGAAGCUCCGCUGGCUAAUGGACAAUGUAGAUGAUGUCCAUCAGGCAGUUGUCUCUCACCGGGCCAUGUUUGGCACUGUGGACUCCUGGCUCAUUUGGUGCUUAACUGGAGGGAAGUCUGGAGGUGUUCACUGCACCGAUGUGACCAACGCCAGCAGAACCAUGCUCUUUAACAUCCACACCUUGGACUGGGACCCUGAACUUUGCAAAUACUUCGGAAUACCCAUGGAGAUUUUGCCCAGAGUUAGGAGUUCCUCAGAAAUCUACGGCCUCAUGAAAAUAAAUUUUAGUCAGAAAUCAGGAGCUUUGUCAGGAAUCCCUAUUUCAGGGUGUCUUGGGGAUCAGUCUGCUGCUUUGGUGGGUCAGAUGUGCUUCCAGGACGGUCUGGCCAAAAAUACAUAUGGAACUGGCUGCUUCCUGCUAAGAAACACUGGCUCAAAGCCUGUGAUGUCGGACCAUGGACUUCUAACCACUGUGGCUUACAAGCUUGGUCGUGACAAACCUGCCUUCUAUGCGUUGGAGGGUUCUGUAGCCAUAGCAGGGGCGGUGGUGCGAUGGUUGCAGGACAACCUGGGGAUCAUCACAUCAUCUGAAGAGCUGGAGAAGUUGGCUGCUUCUGUUGGCACGUCCUAUGGCUGCUACUUUGUUCCUGCGUUUUCCGGUCUUUAUGCUCCGUACUGGGAGCCCAGUGCCAGAGGGAUCAUUUGUGGAUUAACUCAGUUUACCAACAGAAGUCACGUAGCAUUUGCCGCUCUUGAGGCUGUUUGUUUCCAGACACGAGAGAUCUUGGAUGCCAUGAAUCAAGACAGUGGGAUCCCACUCACCCAGCUGCAGGUUGAUGGAGGAAUGACGUUGAACAGGUUGUUGAUGCAGUUGCAGGCCGACAUUCUCUGCAUCCCUGUUGUGAAGCCUUCCAUGCCUGAGACCACAGCGCUUGGGGCAGCGAUGGCUGCUGGAGCAGCAGAGGGUGUGAGCGUGUGGAGUCUGGACCACGAUGACCUGAGCGAGGUCACCUCAGAGAAGUUUGAGCCUCAGAUUAACCCAGAAGAGAGCCAGCUGCGUUACGCACGGUGGAAGAAGGCUGUACAGAGAUCCAUGAACUGGGAGACCACAGAGCCAGUAUCCAAAGGAAAUGGCGACUCCAGCAUCUUCAGCAGCGCCCCCUUUGGUUUCUACAUCAUGGGAAGCAUGCUGAUGUUAAUUGGAGCCAACUACAUCGCAGGUCCUUAAUAAUCUCCUGAAGAAGACGCCACUGUUUUCUUCAGUGGACCCGACUCAAACAUUCCAGAGGAACACCAGUCUUCUGUGGGGCAUGUGGAGCGGAUUCUAAUCAUGGGAUGGUUUAUCAUCUGUCACCUGUGUUAUGUGCUUUUUUUCGUUAUGUUUUGUGAAUAAUUGUUUAUGUAACAUUCAGUUGCGCAAGUUUUUGCAACACUGUAAAUGGUCAUGUGACUCCAGAGCAGAAAGAGUGAACUGGAUGUUGAGGGUCGAAGAGUUUUCACACUUGAAUUCGUAAACGGAAAUUAGUUCAUAAAAUGCACUAAAGAUCUUUUUACUUAACAUUCUUCUGAUUAUUUUUUUCUAUCACCCCAUCAAGUCUUCCUAUCUAUAACAGUUAUAUGUAAAAAUAUUGUUCUGCACUCAAUGAAUAUUUUAUUGGUGUUGAUGAAGUGAAGCCAAAUUUAAAGGGAAGAUUUGAGGACGGCUGUUGCUGACUAAUAUGUGGAUUGAGCUGAUGUCCAGGUCAACAUUGAAUGGUGGUUACAGGCUGCUGUUAUUUAUGUUUAAGGAGCUGGGGAAGGCCAAGUGCAAGCUGGGUGUUUUUAACUCAGGAGUUUACUGUAAUGUGAUCACUGUUAACGUGACCUCUGGGUGGCACAGGAUUAAAAUGCUCUUGAAUCGUC